AUGACCACGAUUGCAAGAUUUCUCGCUCUCAAGUACAAUCUGGAAGACCAAUCAAAAUUGGAUGUAAACCUUAUUAAGGAGUGCCAGAAGAAAAGACUAAUGGACACCAUUAAAUCUAAGAUGAUACAUUCAACGCUGUUUAAAUGCAUUCAGGAACCGAGUGCUGAUAUCGUGGAGUCCAAUGUAUGGCUAGCCAAUGGGAACAAUGGCCCAAAGGCCGAGGCACUAUAUUGCUUGGCCCAGGAUCGCAAUUUGUUUUUCGGAGAGGCAAAGCCUAAUUGUAACCAUUGCGGCUCGGCAAGAAAAACCGUGGAUCACCUAGCUACUCGAUGUAGCAGAAUGCUUCACGGGUCAUACAUGCGAAGACACAAUGAAAUUGUCAGAUGCAUACAUCUACACGUCUGUCGUCAGUACGGAAUAAAGAAAUGCAAGAAAUUGAAAGCACACUCAGUCCAGUCGGUCGUGGAAAAUAGUCGUGUUGAAAUACGAGUAGACAUGACGUUGCAGACCGACAUUGAAGUUAAAAACAACAAGCCAGACAUUUUCGUGCUUGAUAAAAUGAAAAAUGAGAUAACGAUAAUCGAAGUCGGGGUCACAUCCCAGGACAGGUUAAAGCAAGUCGAAGUAGAGAAACUCCACAAGUAUGAUCUACUUGCUGGAGAAUUGGCACAGAUUCACAAGGCAAAAGUCACGAUAGUCCCUGUCGUAUUGACAUGGGAUGGGUAG